AUGGAGGACAAUAUUGUGUUUGUUAAUUUAGUGGUGGAAGACAGUACUGAAGACAAUAGUGUGUUUGGUAAUGUAAUGGGAGAAGACAGUAUGAUGCUUGAAAAUGUGGAUGUGCAGCAAGAGGAGGUAGUGGUUGAGAGGGAGAGUUCAACCAUCGGAAUUGUUGCUGGUUUUGAAAAUCUGAGAAAUGGAUUUACUCCGAUUGGAUUUAGCCUUGGGUUGGGAGAAAUUCAGGCAACGGCUAAUGGUGUAGAGGAGUCUGAAACUAGUUACGUCCAACAGAUAUUUCUGAGAGUAUGGUUGCUCAAAAUGUGGAUGUCCAGGCAGAGGAAGUAG